GACUGAGAACAUUGCGAGACACGCUUCCCAAUACCACGCGGUCGAAAACGCACUUCCGGCAUAAAGGCCACUCAUUGUCUCAGGUUGCCACUCGGCCACAACUCUUCCACUUACCACAUCCUCUUCGCCCUUUUCUUUUUCUAAAUCGGAAGCAAUGACCCAAUCACCAAGGAGUCCUAGGAAGCAGCCACAAUGCAAAAAGUGUGGGACACUGAUGGCGGGCCAUAAACGUCCCAACGGGAUACCAAUGUGUCCUACCCCUUCGCCCAUGACAACGCCAACAAAGAGGAAUGUCAAUUUCAAUAUACCACCACCAAUUACUCCUACUGCAAGUGGAAGUAGACAUGGUGCGAAGAAGGAAGAAUCAGAUGCCCAUCCGCUGGUCUUUCAAACUUCCAAAGGAGACCUCUCGGCGCCCGUGUCAUAUGAUUCGUCUGUUUCUUCUGUACACGUACAUCUCGCAAGUGUCAAGAAGGAUCCUGAGAUAGACAAUUCGUACCCGCGUCCAUCCACAUCCAGAGCCCCUCCCAUCCCUCGCAUCAAAGUCACCAAGCCGUCCGAUGCCUCGUCAUCGUCCAUCUCAUCCGCUUCCACUUCAUCCAGCCUUACGACGAAACUCAAGAGGACUGUGUCGUGGAUCGGAAACAGUACACCGCUGGCAUAUGUCUUCUGUGCUCGGCGAGAUGAACUGACAGAGUUCACGAGGAAAGCACGAGACGAAGGGUUCUAUACUGCCCUCGUACACAAUCCGAACCUAGGAGCAGACGAUCAGAGUGCCGACUCCUACGUGCAAGUGAUGCGUCAUGGCUCUUGGGGUGUCAUCGUGGGCACAGACCCCGGUGUUGUCGCGCAUACGGCUGAUCUCUUUGAGAAGGAUGCCAGGGGAGUUCUGGCCUGCGCUGGUGAUGACGGAAAGGCUGUGUCAAAGAGUGGUCGGACCUCCCUGAGUGUGACAAGAAUCAUGAUGCUCGGAAUUUGCAGUUGCAGCAUCGUGUUGUUGGGAAUGUACAAGUUGUUGCUAUACUUGUCCGUCGAAAGCGACGAAUAGAGAGGUUAAUGUUGGGUACAAUACGAUGCAAAGCCAGUGUUAGUUGUGUUCGACGUUCUACGUGGGUUUUCUGUUGGUAAUGCAUUAUAACAACACCUUGGAUCAGUAAUGCGGGUAGCCCCAAUAACAUGAUGGACUUACGGAUAGGCAGCAUGACAUGCAAUGCCAGUGUCCAAAGGAGUGGAAUCUACGACGCCUGUAGAGUAGGUGAGUGGUUAGUGAGUUCAUCUACAAACAAGCAUAAUGAAUCGGAGGCAGCAUACACUGACAACAUUAUUACUCAAUGAGCAAUGAUUCUAGUUGCACUCGC